AUGGGUUCUGCGAAGCUAUCAGAGUUUAGUGUCAUGGUCGUCGGCGCAGGGCCAUCUGGAAUCUUACUAGCACUACUACUAGCCAGACAAGGCAUAACAGUCACAGUCGUCGAGAAAAGCACAGAAUACGACAAGCAGCCUCGAGCAAGUUUCUACAGCUACCCAGCCACCUUCGAGUUCAAGCGAGCUGGAAUAUACGACGAGGUUGCUGCUUGUGCUUUUCAUGGCAGAGGCGUAUCUUGGAGAUAUCUGGAUGGCACGAAGAUAGCGAGUCUGCCAACAGGUAUCAAGCGAAAGGAGGCAGAGAUCAUCUCACUGCCUCUGGACGAACUGAUUCCAUUAAUUGCAUCGCAUCUCGAAAGGGAGCCGUCAGCAAAGAUCUUGCUGGGUCAUGAGGUGCUUGCUAGUGGUCAAGACGAGGAUCAUGCCUGGAUCGACGUUCGAUCGUCUGCUGGUGAACAGCGUCUGAAAGCCUCGUAUCUGGUUGGUGCCGAUGGAGGAUCCAGCAAGAUACGCCAUGACCUGUUUGGCAAGAACUUCCCAGGGCGAACAUGGGACAAACAGAUCGUGGCGACCAACGUGCGCUAUCCUGGGCUCGAGAAGGCCGGCUGGGAGACAAGUUCGAACUUCAUGGUCCAUCCUGAACACUUCCAUAUGGUUGCACGUAUGACGAAUGAUAAUCUGUUACGAGUCACGUAUGCUGAACAGGUGAAUCUGACUCGAGACGAAAUGCUUGCACGUCAGCCAGGACAGUUCAAAGCUAUCCUGCCUGGCAGUCCCGGUCCAAACGAAUACGAGCUUAUAAACUUUUCACCAUAUAAGAUCCAUCAGAGGCUGGCCGAGCAGAUGAGGGUUGGAAGAAUCCUGCUCGUGGCCGAUGCUGCACACUUGUGUAAUCCUUUUGGCGGCAUGGGUCUCACAGGUGGCUUUGCAGAUGUUGGUGGUGCAUACGAUUGCUUAUAUGGCAUCUAUGCUGGUCGAGCUGAUGACAGCAUCCUUGACAAGUACAAUGACGUCCGCCGUGAGAAGUACACUACCAUCAUCGAUCCGAUCUCAAGCAGUAAUAUCAGGCGAUUAUGGGAUCCCGAAGCCAUUGAGAAGGACGAGUUCAUUCAAAUGCUCCACCGUGCAGAGACGGACAAGGACGUCGCCUACGAGAUGGCUGGCGGCGCAACGGCUGUUAUGCAUGACUUUACGCAGUACUAUGAUAAAGUCGUGCCAGUUAGUAGCUGA